GGACAAAAAAUAGUGAAAAAAUUUUAAGACAUAACAUGGCUGAAAGCCGAAGAAAUAGCUUAAAAAUAUACAAUAUUUGAUUCUAAUUAAGAUUAAAUAGUAAUAUAAGGAUAUAUAGGAGAUUGCUAUUUAAUUAACCCUGCUUCAUUAUUAGGAAUGAUAAAUAAAAACCUAAUAGGGCGAUUAUUUACAAUAAAAGAAGUAAAUAAAAUGGGAUAUUACAGUGUUUGGCUAUUUAUAGAUGGAAAAUGGACUUACAUUACAAUUGAUAUUUAGCCAAAUUAAAUAUGGCCAAUGAUAAUAGAAAAAGCCUGGGCAAAGUUAUAUUAAUAAUAUAGUAGUUUAUGGGGUGGAAAUACUGCUUAUGGACUUCGGGCAGUUACCGGAUGUCCAACAAAAUGCUAUAAAUUAAAAAAAUAUGUAGAUGAUCCGAGAAAAUAGACAUUUUGA